CUGAGCGCAGCGAGAGGCUUCCGGAGCAACAGCAUGUCUCUGUACCGCAACUCCGCCUGGUUCCUGAAGGGGGUCACCGAGUUCACCAGGAAUGCCUUCCUGUCAGCCUCCAAGAGGUUUGUGGAGAAGGACCUGGAGGUGUCUGUGGCUGGACGCACCUUCAUGAUAACAGGAGCCAACAGUGGCAUUGGGAAAGCUACUGCCAUGGCCAUCGCUAAGAAGGGUGGAACGAUCCACAUGGUGUGCAGGAACAAGGACAAGGCCGAGGAGGCGAGGGCUGACAUUGUCAAGGAGACGGGAAAUAAAGAGGUCUACGUCCACAUCCUGGACCUGUCUGAGACCAAGAAGGUGUGGGAGUUUGCUGAGGCCUUCAAGAGAAAGUACAAGGCCCUCAAUGUGCUGAUUAAUAACGCAGGCUCCAUCAUGAGUCAGAGGGAUGUGAACACUGAGGGCCUUGAGAAGAGCUUCGCCACCAACGUUCUUGGGGUUUACAUUCUCACCAAGAGCCUCAUUCCCUUGCUGGAGAAGAGCGCAGAUCCCAGAGUGAUCACAGUGUCAUCAGGGGGAAUGCUGGUGCAGAAGCUCAGGACAGGAAACCUGCAGUCUGAGAGAGGCCGCUAUGACGGCACCAUGGUCUACGCCCAGCACAAAAGGCAGCAGGUGGUGAUGACAGAGCAGCUGGCAAAGACUCACACUAACAUCCAUUUCUCCGUCAUGCAUCCUGGCUGGGUUGACACUCCAGCGGUGGCCAACGCCAUGCCAGACUUCCACAGCUCUAUGAAGGACAGUCUGCGGACCCCGGAGCAGGGGGCCGACACCGUGGUCUGGCUGGCUGUCUCCGAGGCUGCAACCACAAACCCCAGCGGACAUUUCUACCAGGACCGAAAGAUGGUGUCCACCCACCUGCCGCUGGCCUGGACCCACAGCUCCCCCCUGGAGGAGCAGAAGUUAUUGUCUCUGCUGGAUGACUUGGCCAAGACGUUCCAGCCACACUGAGGCAGCAGGGG